AUGCAUUCAAGCAGAGACUCCUCACCCCGUCCUCGUCUUUCACAUGGUACCCCACAACAACAGCAACAACGUCAAGGUGAUAAAUUACAAUAUGAAACAUUUGAUCUGAAUGACAUGAUGGACAAGAACCAACGUGAUCAUCGUGAUGUAAACGAAAAACGUCAACGGUCUGAUUAUCAUCAUCAUAUGAAUCCGUGGGUAAAUUACCCACCUCAUUCAUGUCCACGUUCAUCUUAUGUUAAUGAUUCAUCCAGAUUUAAUCGGACCAACAACAAUAUACGUCCAUUAAUGGAAUACAACAAUCCGAAUGACUCAUAA